GCACUCUACGAAGCAAUGGCGUCUCGACUCUGAACAGCUGAUGAGCCCAACCGCCAAUUUACACUCGCAUUGCCACAGAACAAUUUAACGAACGUCCCCAGACAAUUUCCGAAAGACAAUAACUCAUCGUUAAGCAAAUUAAUUGGGUAACAUGGCUGAUAUCAUGAGAAGUCCGAGGUUUCUUCUGAAAAUGAAAACCAGAGAUGCUGUUAAUAAAAUCAAGUCUGGGAGUCCAAAGUUCCAAGAGGUGCUGAGACAGAGAUGUCGUGACAGAAUGCGAGAGAAACGUCGCGAGCUCUUCAACACAAGACGAGCUGUGGUGCCUCUUGGCGAUGAUGCUGAGGGGAUCCAAAACACUCUGACUGAGAUCGUGCGCCAGGAGUUCAGUGAUUUGACGACUAUGAGUGUCGAUCAGGAUCCCAGGGUCUCCAGUGUCUUCAGCGAACCGCUCAGUGAGGAGGAGAUUUUUCAACUCGAGGCUGAAAUUUUGGCUGACGAAGAGGAAUGGAUUUUGAAAGAAUACGAAAAACUGCUGGAGGAGGACGACAACUUGUUGAACAUUUACGUGGAGGAGAGCCUCAAAGACACUGUCGUCUGUCCAAUUUGCGAGAAAUCAGGGCUGAAUGAAACCCCCGGGGGGCUGAUCUGUCCUGCUUGCAACAUGUGCCUGCCACCUAAAUGCAGCCUGUCCCAGUUAGCAAGUGCCAUUCAGAGCCAGCUUGACGCUCACUCAGCUGUCUGCUUCGGUCAAACUUCAUUCAUGACUCUUCCAGAGAAUAACUCUCUCUCGCUGUACAUCACAUGUGAGGUCUGUCAAUGCUUCUCCCUGAUUUUGUAACAAUGGGAGACGACAAAUGAUGAAUUUUGUAUACUUUGUUAUUUUUUAAAACGUGACAAACAUUUCUGUAUUAUCGAAUUAUGCUCAAUUGUAUUAGGAAAUAAUCGGAAUUACUCCUGAGCGGCGGGUGAUUCCAUCAUGUGAUUUAUGGACAAAGAGUGAGUGUUCAAUCGACUUAGUAAUUUUUGUUAAUAUGUAGCACUAGAUUUUACGAAUUUCAAUAAAUGAUUUCUAUUUCGGUA